AUGGAAUAUAUACAGCCAUGUCUGCUUCCCUCCUCACCAUCUGAGAGAAGACAGACAUGUCAAUCUAGAGCUCCUCCUGUCCGAAGUACGUUAUGGUAUCACGUCCUUAAGAAAUCGUAUAGCACCGGGUCCCUACAGAAUAAGACCAGAACACCUGAAGAACCUUCCGCCAGUACUAAUACAACACCUUGGCGAGGCUCUUUACACGUUACCUGUCGGAAUGCAAAGUUCCUGAGCAUUGGAAGACCAGCAAGACGGUGUUGUUAUACAAGAAGGGAGAUCCAUAUGACAUCGGCAGCAAUUACCCAAUCUUGUUUACUGUCCGUCGUCUACAAGCUCUUUACAAGAGCUUUUCUUUACAUACUUAAUAGGAUUGAAAAAGUCUUCAAUGAACGACAGCUAUGCGAGCAAGCAGGGUUUCGAAAGGGAUUCAGCACAAUUGACCACAUUCACACUGUUUCGAAACUCAUUGAGGUAUCACGAGAGUACAAGAUGCCGGUCUGUCUCACAUUCACCGACUUGAAAAGGCCUUCGACUCAGCUGGGCGGUCAUGGAAUUUUUCCCGAUGUGCCUUCAUGUACUGAGUAG